AUGGCGUUCCGCAGGAGGACGAAAAGUUACCCGCUCUUCAGCCAGGAGUUCGUCAUCCACAACCAUGCGGACAUCGGCUUCUGCCUGGUGCUCUGCGUCCUCAUAGGGCUUAUGUUCGAGGUCACUGCCAAGACUGCCUUCCUAUUUAUUUUACCUCAGUAUAAUGUUAGCGUGCCUACGGCAGACAGCGAGACGGUGCACUACCACUACGGGCCGAAGGACCUGGUCACAAUCCUGUUCUACAUCUUCAUCGCCAUCAUCUUGCACGCCGUGGUCCAGGAGUACAUUCUAGACAAAAUCAGCAAAAGGCUUCAUCUCUCCAAGGUCAAACACAGCAAGUUCAACGAGUCAGGACAGCUGGUGGUCUUUCAUCUCAGCUCGGUGAUCUGGUGCUUCUACGUGGCGGUGACGGAAGGAUAUUUAACAAACCCGAGGAGCCUCUGGGAAGACUACCCACACGUGUACCUCCCCUUCCAGGUGAAGUUUUUCUAUGUGUGCCAGCUGGCCUACUGGCUGCACGCACUUCCUGAGCUGUACUUCCAGAAGGUACGGAAGGAGGAAAUCCCCCGCCAGCUCCAGUACAUCUGCCUGUACCUGCUCCACAUCGCCGGCGCGUACCUCCUCAACCUGAACCGCCUGGGCCUGAUCUUGCUGCUGCUGCAGUACUCCACCGAGUUCCUCUUCCACAUGGCCCGGCUCUUCUACUUCGCCGAUGAGAACAACGAGAAGCUGUUUAACGCCUGGGCUGCUGUGUUUGGGGUCACCCGCCUCUUCAUCCUCACUCUCGCCGUGCUGGCCAUCGGCUUUGGACUUGCCCGCAUGGAAAACCAAGCUUUUGACCCCGAAAAAGGGAACUUCAACAACUUACUUUGCAGGCUCUGCGUGCUGCUGCUGGUGUGUGCUGCCCAGGCCUGGCUCAUGUGGCGCUUCAUCCACUCCCAGCUGCGGCACUGGCGGGAGUACUGGAACGAGCAGAGCGCCAAGCGGAGAGUCCCCGCCCCCGCCCCCGCCCCCCGGCUGCCAGCGAGGCUCAUCAAGAGGGAAUCUGGUUACCAUGAAAACGGAGUGGUGAAGGCCGAGAAUGGAACCUCCCCACGGACUAAGAAACUCAAGUCUCCUUAA